UAUAUAAUACUAACAAUUUUGCUCCAACAAUUCACUUCUAUGCGAUUGAAAUAUAUAAUCAAAUACAAUUGAAACUGUACCGAGUGUAAUUGGUGCAGUAACUGAUGGUGGCAAGAGGUUUACCAUACAAUUCGAGCUUGACUUUUUCCAUUCAACAUGGUAAAAAAAGUUCCUGCAUGUAAGCCCACUAUAUAAAGCAUACACUAAUAAAUAUAACAGUAAAUGAAGAAACAGUAGUCACUGAUAAGUAGUCGUAGUGAAUGAUACACAUAUAGCAUACUAAUAGGAUAGGGUCAUUAGAUCAAAUUCAAGUACACCAUUGAUAUAAUAAUGAAAUUCUUUAUUAGUUCUUUGAAUGUACCCAUAGGGUAUACAACACCUAAAUUCCCAUCACUAUUCUGGCCACUUGGAUCAGAACGACAAAGUUAUCAAGAACUGUUUCUUUACUAUUCUUCAGAUAUGUGGAUAUUCACAGUUUAUUGGACUCUUAUAUUAUUUGGAGUAUUUUAUUUUGCUGCUGGACUUAUGGCUGUAGUACAUAAUUGGUUAAGUAAUAUUAAGCAUGGAUUACCUAUAGAUAAAGUAUCAUUAAUUGGAACUAUUUUUACAAUCCCAUUAUUUUUAAUAACUGGAAUUAUUAGAGGAUUUGUAAGUAGUGCAAUAGUGGGAUUACUUUUAAGUGCUAUUUAUAGGGCUGGAACCCUUACUAUGAGUACAUGGAUCCCAUUAACUUGGGGUAUUGCUCAAAUAUUGUAUGAUGUCAGUGCUGCAUAUCUGACAUCUCUGGUUAUACUAUGAAUUUUAUAAUAAUAUAUAAUACUAUAUAAUACUAUAUAAUACUAUACACAUACUUUACAUAUAUAUUAUGCUAUACAUAAACAUACAUAAUGUAGUGGAUAAUGUCACCUGGUCAA